UGCAGGCAGCAAACACGGUGCGAGCGAACAGGAGUGGGGGGGGGGAAUUAAAAAAAGCUAAACGUGGAGCAGCCGAUCGGGGACCGAGAAGGGGAAUCGAUGCAAGGAGCACAAUAAAACAAAAGCUACUUCGGAACAAACAGCAUUUAAAAAUCCACGACUCAAGAUAACUGAAACCUAAAAUAAAACCUGCUCAUGCACCAUGGUUUUUCAAACUCGGUAUCCUUCAUGGAUUAUUUUAUGCUACAUCUGGCUGCUCCGCUUUGCACACACAGGGGAGGCGCAGGCUGCGAAGGAAGUACUACUGCUGGAUUCUAAAGCACAACAAACAGAGUUGGAGUGGAUUUCCUCUCCACCCAAUGGGUGGGAAGAAAUUAGUGGUUUGGAUGAGAACUAUACCCCGAUACGAACAUACCAGGUGUGCCAAGUUAUGGAGCCCAACCAAAACAACUGGCUGCGGACUAACUGGAUUUCUAAAGGCAAUGCACAAAGGAUUUUUGUAGAAUUGAAAUUCACCCUGAGGGAUUGUAACAGUCUUCCUGGAGUACUGGGAACUUGCAAGGAAACAUUUAAUUUGUACUAUUAUGAAACAGACUAUGACACUGGCAGGAAUAUAAGAGAAAACCUCUAUGUAAAAAUAGACACCAUUGCUGCAGAUGAAAGUUUUACCCAAGGUGACCUUGGUGAAAGAAAGAUGAAGCUUAACACUGAGGUGAGAGAGAUUGGACCUUUGUCUAAAAAGGGAUUCUAUCUUGCCUUUCAGGAUGUAGGGGCUUGCAUAGCUUUGGUUUCUGUCAAAGUGUACUACAAGAAGUGCUGGUCCAUUAUUGAGAACUUAGCUAUCUUUCCAGAUACAGUGACUGGUUCAGAAUUUUCCUCUUUAGUCGAGGUUCGAGGGACGUGUGUCAGCAGUGCAGAGGAAGAAGCGGAAAACUCCCCCAGGAUGCACUGCAGUGCAGAAGGAGAAUGGUUAGUGCCCAUUGGAAAAUGUAUCUGCAAAGCGGGCUACCAGCAAAAAGGAGACACCUGUGAACCCUGUGGCCGUGGGUUCUACAAGUCUUCCUCUCAAGAUCUUCAGUGCUCUCGUUGUCCACCUCACAGUUUUUCUGAUAAAGAAGGCUCCUCCAGAUGCGAAUGUGAAGAUGGGUAUUACAGGGCUCCAUCUGACCCACCGUACGUUGCAUGCACAAGGCCUCCAUCUGCACCACAGAACCUCAUUUUCAACAUCAACCAAACCACAGUAAGUUUGGAAUGGAGUCCUCCUGCAGACAAUGGGGGAAGAAACGAUGUGACCUACAGAAUAUUGUGUAAGCGGUGCAGUUGGGAGCAGGGCGAAUGUGUUCCCUGUGGGAGUAACAUUGGAUACAUGCCCCAGCAGACUGGAUUAGAGGAUAACUAUGUCACUGUCAUGGACCUGCUAGCCCACGCUAAUUAUACUUUUGAAGUUGAAGCUGUAAAUGGAGUUUCUGACUUAAGCCGAUCCCAGAGGCUCUUUGCUGCUGUCAGUAUCACCACUGGUCAAGCAGCUCCCUCGCAAGUUAGCGGAGUAAUGAAGGAGAGAGUACUGCAGCGGAGUGUCGAGCUUUCCUGGCAGGAACCAGAGCAUCCCAAUGGAGUCAUCACAGAAUAUGAAAUCAAGUAUUACGAGAAAGAUCAAAGGGAACGGACCUACUCAACAGUAAAAACCAAGUCUACUUCAGCCUCCAUUAAUAAUCUGAAACCAGGAACAGUGUAUGUUUUCCAGAUUCGGGCUUUUACUGCUGCUGGUUAUGGAAAUUACAGUCCCAGACUUGAUGUUGCUACACUAGAGGAAGCUACAGGUAAAAUGUUUGAAGCUACAGCUGUCUCCAGUGAACAGAAUCCUGUCAUUAUCAUUGCUGUGGUUGCUGUGGCUGGGACCAUCAUUUUGGUGUUCAUGGUCUUUGGCUUCAUCAUUGGGAGAAGGCACUGUGGUUAUAGCAAAGCUGACCAAGAAGGCGAUGAAGAGCUUUACUUUCAUUUUAAAUUUCCAGGCACCAAAACCUACAUUGACCCUGAAACCUAUGAGGACCCAAAUAGAGCUGUCCAUCAAUUCGCCAAGGAGCUAGAUGCCUCCUGUAUUAAAAUUGAGCGUGUGAUUGGUGCAGGAGAAUUUGGUGAAGUCUGCAGUGGCCGUUUGAAACUUCCAGGGAAAAGAGAUGUUGCAGUAGCCAUAAAAACCCUGAAAGUUGGUUACACAGAAAAACAAAGGAGAGACUUUUUGUGUGAAGCAAGCAUCAUGGGGCAGUUUGACCACCCAAAUGUUGUCCAUUUGGAAGGGGUUGUUACAAGAGGGAAACCAGUCAUGAUUGUAAUAGAGUUCAUGGAAAAUGGAGCCCUAGAUGCAUUUCUCAGGAAACAUGAUGGGCAAUUUACAGUCAUUCAGUUAGUAGGAAUGCUGAGAGGAAUUGCUGCUGGAAUGAGAUAUUUGGCUGAUAUGGGAUAUGUUCACAGGGACCUUGCAGCUCGCAAUAUUCUUGUCAACAGCAAUCUCGUUUGUAAAGUGUCAGAUUUUGGCCUGUCCCGAGUUAUAGAGGAUGAUCCAGAAGCUGUCUAUACAACUACUGUAAGAAAAAGUCAUUUACUGCACUUCUUCAUAUUCUUAAGAUUUUUCUACCCAGCACCCGAAGCCAUCCAGUACCGGAAAUUCACAUCAGCCAGUGAUGUAUGGAGCUAUGGAAUAGUCAUGUGGGAAGUUAUGUCUUAUGGAGAAAGACCUUAUUGGGACAUGUCAAAUCAAGAUGUUAUAAAAGCAAUAGAAGAAGGUUAUCGUUUACCAGCACCCAUGGACUGCCCAGCUGGCCUUCACCAGCUAAUGUUGGAUUGUUGGCAAAAGGAGCGUGCUGAAAGGCCAAAAUUUGAACAGAUAGUUGGAAUUCUAGACAAAAUGAUUCGAAACCCAAAUAGUCUGAAAACUCCCCUGGGAACUUGUAGUAGGCCAAUAAGCCCUCUUCUGGAUCAAAACACUCCUGAUUUCACUACCUUUUGUUCAGUUGGAGAAUGGCUACAAGCUAUUAAGAUGGAAAGAUAUAAAGAUAACUUCACAGCAGCUGGCUACAAUUCCCUUGAAUCAGUAGCCAGGAUGACUAUUGAGGAUGUGAUGAGUUUAGGGAUCACACUGGUUGGUCAUCAAAAGAAAAUCAUGAGCAGCAUUCAGACUAUGAGAGCACAAAUGCUACAUUUACAUGGAACUGGCAUUCAAGUGUGAUAUGCAUUUCUCCCUUUUAAGGGAGAUUACAGACUACAAGAGAAUAGUACUGGCCUUCAGUAUAUGCAUAGAAUGCUGCUAGAAGACAAUUGAUGUCCUGGAUCCUUCCAACAGUGAAGAGAAGAUUUAAGAAGCACCUAUAGACUUGAACUCCUAAGUGCCACCAGAAUAUAUAAAAAGGGAAUUUAGGAUCCACCAUCGGUGGCCAGGAAAAUAGCAGUGACAAUAAACAAAGUACUACCUGAAAAACAUCCAAACACCUUGAGCUCUCUAACCUCCUUUUUGUCUUAUAGACUUUUUAAAAUGUACAUAAAGAAUUUAAGAAAGAAUAUAUUUGUCAAAUAAAAUCAUGAUCUUAUUGUUAAAAUCAAUGAAAUAUUUUCCUUAAAUAUGUGAUUUCAGACUAUUCCUUUUUAAAAUCAUUUGUGUUUAUUCUUCAUAAGGACUUUGUUUUAGAAAGCUGUUUAUAGCUUUGGACCUUUUUAGUGUUAAAUCUGUAACACAUUACUACACUGGGUACCUUUGAAAGAAUCUCAAAUUUCAAAAGAAAUAGCAUGAUUGAAGAUACAUCUGUGUCAGAACAUUGGUAUCCUUUUUGUGCCAUUUUAUUCUGUUUAAUCAAUGCUGUUUUGAUAUUGUUUGCUAAUUGGCAGGUAGUCAAGAAAAUGCAAGUUGCCAAGAGCUCUGAUAUUUUUUAAAAAGAAAUUUUUUGUAAAGAUCAGACAACACACUAUCUUUUCAAUGAAAAAAGCAAUAAUGAUCCAUACAUACUAUAAGGCACUUUUAACAGAUUGUUUAUAGAGUGAUUUUACUAGAAAGAAUUUAAUAAACUCGAAGUUUAGGUUUAUGAGUAUAUAAACAAAUGAGGCACUUCAUCUGAAGAAUGUUGGUGAAGGCAAGUCUCUGAAAGCAGAACUAUCCAGUGUUAUCUAAAAUUUAAUCUGAGCACAUCAAGAUUUUUUCAGUCUCGUGACAUUAGGAAAUUUAGGAUAAAUAGUUGACACAUAUUUUAUAUCCUCUUCUGUUGAAUGCAGUCCAAACAUGAAAAGAAAUAAUUGUUUUAUAUUAUAACUGAAGCAUGAUAAAGGGGCAGUUCACAAUUUUCACCAUUUAAACACAAAUUUGCUGCACAGAAUAUCACCAUUGCAGUUCAAAACAAAACAAAACAAAAAGUCUUUUGUUUGUGAACACUGAUGCAAGAAACUUGUUAAAUGAAAGGACUCUUUACCCUAGAAGGAAGAGGUGAAGGAUCUGGCUUGUUUUUAAAGCUUUAUUUAUUAAACCAUAUUAUUUGAUUACUGUGUUAGAAUUUCAUAAGCAAUAAUUAAAUGUGUCUUUAUAGAUAUUGCAGGAAUGUAUACAUAUUGUGAGUAAUGCUUUCAAAAGUUAUGAAAAUCAUGAACUACCCCAGAAUUGAACUGUUGUACUUCCAAAGAGAAUUGGGCUGUUUAUAAUGAUUUUAAUAGAGAAAGAUCCCAGGGAUCGGUCAUAAUUGGUCUUGUUUGAUAAUGUGGGCAUCCACAAACAAACAAACAACAGAAACAAAAUCUGUAAAUGUUCCUUUGUAAAACUUGUAAAUUUUAUUUAUACUGUCUUGUUUUGUACACACAUUUCUCUGUAGUGGGCUCUGAAUACAUUGAAAAUGCACUAUAUUUUUCUAUUUUACUUGCAGAGCAUCACAAAAGAACAGGUAUUUUCAGUGCUACAUAAUGUGUUUUCCCACAUUUAGGACCAAAGAUGGCUAUAGAAAAACUCAAAUGGAUUGCUUCCCAAACCCCUCCCCACCCUUUUUUUUGGUUUUAAAUCACUGUACAGUGUUAUUUGAUAUUUUAAUUUAUUUUUGAUUGACUAGAAAAAUCAUUUUGAUUUCACUAAAAUGUUUUUUUGUCCCUAAGGAAAAGUAAUCUGUAAAAAUAAUUUUAAUUAGCAUAAUACAGUCACCUAGAUACUUCCAUUUGUAAUCUUUGUAAUAGACUGUAAAUAUAUUUUUGGAACUAUAACACAAUGUGCUUGAGGGUUAUUUUUCAGUGUCUGCAGUGUAUACAAGUGUUUAUACUAAGUACAGCACUUUACAAUUCUAAUCAGUAGCAUUGGCCUUUGUGAGAAUGAGUGAAAGAGUUUGAGUGAGUGUUCUUAAUUCCUUUUGGAUUCUAGACUCACUAAUAAUGAAGUUCUUUUCUUGUUCAUAGCUUAAGGUGCUUAUUUUUUCUAUUAAAAUUAAAUUAACAAAAGCCAUUCUAGAAAUAGAAGACAUAGUAUGGUACAUGCAAACGGUGUCUUUCCUGCUUUUUUCUAGCACUAGAUUUAUAGUUGAGUAGUCUUUCUUGAGUAGAAGGGCAGAAUAAAAGUUUUUUUGAGUUUUUUUCAAAAAUAACUUUUUCCUUCAGCAAUAUACCUCAUCUGCCUUAAAUUUUUUACAGCUCUUUACAGGGAAAGGGGAGAAGGGAUGGGAAAGACACACAGCACAAUAGGAAGUGUAUGAUUACAUCACUAUCUCGUUUGUAAGUUUCUUUUCCUAAUCAACAUUAUGAUUUUGAAAUACAUGUAUGUGAAACAAAUAUUAAGAGAAAAAGAAUUAACAUUGUAAUGCUGAUUGUAAUACUCUCUUCCAGAAAGAGAUGAGAUGGUAUAAUGAUAAGAAUGUACAACUUGCACCUUGAAAUCUUUUUUUUUUUUUAAAUAAAUUAGUGCUCAGGGGAGGAAAAGUAGAGAAAGUGAACGUCAAAAAUAGAAUUCCAAAAUUAUAAAAAUGCAAAAGGAAAUGGCCUCCUUGCUUUAAUAGAGCCACCUUUUUUAGAACGCUGUCCUCACACUUGACCUGUGUUUUGCAUUCAGUACUGAAAUAAAAGUAACUUGUUCUACAUUUGAAUCUAACAUUUUCUCAGCAAUUGAUCUGGGCCUUGUUUACUAGAACUGGUGGUUUAUGCUUGUCAGAGCACUCUUAGUUGAAUCAUAUUGUAUACUUAUGUAAUCUACAUUAGCUAGUACUGUUUAGGACUAUAUUUUAAUUGCUCUUCUUAUCCGUGUUUUUAAGACAAUUAAAAUGGUGUGAUUCACCUCUCUUUUUUAUUUAGGUAAUGCUGAUAUUCUCCCUUUUGUUUCUUGAGUAGCCUAGAACUAUGCUACUCACUGAUGUGCAUGUUCAAAUAAAUUACUGAUGUGUAUUUUUUUUGCUAUAUGUGGAGAAAUCAUGGGGAACUCGGGGCGAGAUGUGCUUUUUGUUGGUUGAAUUUGUCCCUCCUUGCCUAAGAAAUACUACAGGGGUCAUCCUUUUAUAAGGACAAACUGCUUUUGAACAGUGUCUUCAAUGUAUCAAGCACAAAUAACUCUUUCUUCAACACGAAUCAUAAGUCUCUUUUUACCAGCUUAAAAUAAUAAACAAGUCUAUUAGACAAUGUAAAGAAAA